AUGUUGCCACGGCUCUUGCAAAGGACCGCAUCUGGCACCGUGCCUACUAAGGGCUACCACUUCCAGGAAGACGUGCUUUGCAAGCGCCUCUCUUCUGGCGAAGUCAAGAUUGUACCCAAACCAGAGCAGCGCGUGAACCUCAUUCGCCGCGUGCACCUGGAUGUGGGACACUACGGCGUCAAGAAAACGUACUCCUUGCUCGAGCCCAUAUACUGGUGGGUCGGGAUGUAUGGAGACGUCCAGAAGGAGGUCAGCACUUGUGUGGUCUGCGACCGCGUUAAGGCCACCUUCGAGGUGAAGGACCCUGAACUAAAACCUCUGCCAAUCAUGGGCAUGUUUUACCGUUGGGGGAUCGAUCUUUUCAAGAUGCCCUUCCCCUCUACCGCUGGCAACCAGUACGUGAUUGUCAUGAUCGAGCAUUUUUCGAAGUGGAUCGAAAUUGCCGCAAUUUCUGCAAAGACUGCAGAGAACGUGAAAGCCGCGUUCAUCAAGAUCUUGGCACGCUACGGCGCGCCCGCAGAGGUCUUGACACACCAGGGAACGGAGUUCGAGGGCCUUUUUGCCGAACUCCUUCUUGCGGUGUACAUCGACCACCGCAUCACGUCCAGAGACCAUGCCCAAUCCAACGGCUUGGCCGAGAGGAUCGUCCAGAUGUUCGAGAAGGCACUGCGCAAAUACUGCGUGCUGUACGACCACGACCACUGGGACGAAUUCCUCCAUUGGAUUGCGAUGGGGUACCGGUUCAGCCGCCACCACUCGCUGGGGGGAUACUCCCCCUACUACUUGCUCUACGGCCGCCACCCAAUCCCCACCCGCGACACGCUGCGCUACGCGUACACUCGCUCUGGCAACUUCAAGCCGAAGCUCAAGCGCUUCGAAGUCGGAGACCUGGUCUACCUGCGCCGCGAGUCCACCAACUCCAUGGAGCCUGACACAGGCCGGAUCAUCCUCAGAGUCAAGCAGCUGCUCGGCACAGGCCGCUUGCUCUUGGAGGGCCGUGAUCAGAAGACCAUCAGAGAGCAUGUUGAGAACUGUGCGCCUUGCCACCAUCCCAACAUCGACCUCUACCAGGAUCCCGCUCUGGCAGACAACCAAGAGAAGGACCAGGCAUGCGAGGUUUGCGGACUCGUUGAUGUCACCCGGAGAACUGGUCCCAUGCCGCUCUGCGACAACUGCGACUCCGGCUGGCACAUGAAGUGCUUAACUUCAUGA